CCGAUCUACCAAGACUCCAAAAUGAGUGGACGAGGAAAAGGAGGCAAGGGACUCGGCAAAGGAGGCGCUAAGCGCCACCGCAAAGUGCUCCGUGAUAACAUCCAGGGCAUCACCAAGCCCGCCAUCCGCCGUCUGGCUCGCCGCGGCGGAGUGAAGCGUAUCUCCGGUCUGAUCUACGAGGAGACCCGCAGUGUGCUGAAGGUGUUCCUGGAGAACGUGAUCCGUGAUGCAGUCACCUACACCGAGCACGCCAAGAGGAAGACGGUGACCGCCAUGGAUGUGGUGUACGCUCUGAAGAGGCAGGGCCGCACCCUGUACGGCUUCGGGGGAUAAGCAGCUGCUGACCCACCGACCAAAGGCUCUUUUAAGAGCCACCCACAUUACAUGGAGACUUUCCUUUGCUAUGUGUCGUUCAAGGUCACUCAUGUUCGAGUCAAAUAUAAAACACUUGAGAGGUGUACACUAUAUAAAACUUAAUAUCUCUAAAACAGGACACUAACUUACAAAGAAGUAUUUCACAUUUCAUCUUUUUGUUCACCGUUCCUUCUGUUAACCAAGAUGAGUAUUUUAAUUCAAUAUAUCAGACACCACGGUGGAUUCUGGCAGCGUGUGUCCUGUGGGUAUUGUCCUCAGUAAUCUGGAUUCAUGUCUAAUAUGUUUGUAAGGCGCUUUGAACACUUGGGAAAGCCCCAAAGUAAAUACCAUGAAUUAUUAAGUCCUCAUGUUUUUCAAUAGUCAGGAAAUUAUUUCUCAGAGCAUCAUUAUUGGUUCUCUGAAACGCAAUCAAUUUAUUUUCACACUUCACGUCAACUCCGUAGGUGUUAGCAUGCACGCAGAACCACAGACACGUUGUCUUUGAUUGUGCAUGCUCCAGCCUGUGUAUAACCUGCGGGCUAAUGACAACAUCGUUUUGACUUCAUUUAAACUCUGGAAUGAUUCAUUGGCUUUUAUAACAUAUAUGUUUUGGGUGCCUGGUGGGAAGAAGAAACAUAAGAGGCAUGUUAGCUAAAGAACUCAUAUAAAUGAAGAAAACUAUGGAAGCAAACGAGACAGAAGUAUUUGAAUUUUAUCAGACACCGGAUUUAUAACAUUGAAAAUAAUUACUUUGAAAAUCAUACAUAUGAAUUGUUUUGCUCCGAAUGUACCUACUGUAUGUGAAAUAAAAAUGUAACAAUUCAAGUUAAAAAAAAA